AUGUAUGGAAAGAAAAGGCAGAGACCGGCCUCUGCAGACUUUCGCCAUUCUCCAAAUAAGAAACAACAAACAACGUUAGUGCCUAAUAAAUCCAAAACCGAUGACUUAUGGAAGGUUCUAUCCAAUGUAACAGAGGACCAAAGUGUCGCUCAAUUACCUAUAGACAAGAAAAUAAAAUACAGCCAAGUGUUCAUAAAAAUUACGCCAGAACAGCGCCUGAAACUCCCGAUUUUCCUUGCAGAUUUGAAAAGAGCUUUGGAGUUAGAUACAAUUACAUUGUAUGAGAUGUUCAUCGAGCUCAAGUCUUUCACGCUACUAGAAGGAUGUGUUGCUGUAACUGCAAUAUUGAACUACCUUCAUAAAACUGGAGCUACACCUACGAAUGUGAAAUACUGGGAUAUAAACUCUGCGUCUCUCCUGCGAGGAACGGUUUUGGUUCAUAAAUCUGUCAAAGUAGCGCAAACGGAAAGUACCUCUGAUCUUUUAUUCAGAAAGGCUUCUAAGCCAAGACCAUUCAAGUGUCAACUGGCGACUGUCUGUAGCAUACAACACUUCAAAGAGAUCUAUUUUGAGGGUGAAACUAUCUGGGAUUGGAUGAAAGGUCUACUAAACAUACUAAAUGAAUGGAAAUUUCGUCCUGUAAAUGGCUCUGUCACCGAACUACUAGAACAUAAAGCGAAUCAUGAGAGACAGCGAAUAGUAUCUAGCUUCAGUGAGUUAGCCUUUUUGAAAGGACUAUUGGAUCCUGAAUUUUUGAAUAGAAAGAACAAGCGAUUGAUCGAUAUUGACAAUAAAGAAUUGGAAACGUUUAUGACGGAACUUCAACAAUACAACGAAAAGGAACUAACUAUAGCAGCAAAGGCUUCUAAGGAUACAAAGCUGAAAAAUAGUGCUGCUGCAUCGCCCACAAACCUCAGACAAAAGGCAGUUACUGCUACUUCAAGAUAUAAGGGAGGCAACAAUAUACCGAUCAAAGUUAAUGAACGAAGACUUCAACAUAAUACACCGUCCAGAGCUCCACAACACUCAGUCGUAUCUUCGCAAGAUUUACACAGAUACUGUAUCGCGACGAUCAAAGCUUCUAUAUCUAAAGUAACUGAGAAGUCUGCAUUUCAGAUUAUUAAGUCAUAUGUGAAAUAUCCUAGAAGCCAAAUUGAUUUAAUAUACGAUAAUUUGAAUCAAAUAAAAUCCAAGACGAACUGUAAUGUGGUUAUUCUAAACUUACAAACCAUUCAUGAAUCAAAUACAUGGUUUGAACAGCUACCCAUCUCUGUAAACAUCGAUCCUCCACCAAGUGCAACGAGGGUCAUAAGUGUAGGUGGAGUAGGUGGAAAGUGCAAAGUGGCAUUGGAAAUGAUCCUAACACUAUUAGAAACCGGGAGUAUCUGA